UGUGGGGCAUGGAGCCUACUUACAACCAAACAAAACUUAAAAGAAUACACCUUCCCCUUCCAAAAGAAAAAAACCAAUCCUCUCCCAAGAGGCUUCGGAAAUAGAAGAGCUGCGGGUGGUCGGGCAGGGCGCCCCGAGGCCUGCCGGGAGCUGUAGUUCUCCGGCUCUGCGUCUCUCCGGGGACGCUCACCCCGCCUGCCCCCGCUCUUCUCUGUGGACGUGGCGUGGGGCGUCCGCGGCCCUCCCGGAGUUCACGGGCCCCGCCCCUUGGGGGGGUCUUCACGGACGCUCAUUGGUCGGAGGGAGGGACUCUGAGCUGCUGGAGGCGGGGCCUGGUUGGAGCGCCGCCAAAUGGGGCAUCUUAACGGAGAAGGCAGAGCGGAACGUGUAGAGGGAAGCGAAGCUGGAUUGUCUGGGACUGAUGAUGUGGCGUCCAUCACUUCUGCUGCUACUGCUGCUGCUCAGGCGCGGGGCCCAAGGCAAGCCAUCCCCCGACGCAGGCCCUCACGGCCAGGGGAGGGUGCACCAGGCGGCCCCCCUGAGCGAGGCUCCACAUGAUGACUCCCACGGAAACUUCCAGUACGACCAUGAAGCUUUCCUGGGACGGGAAGUGGCCAAGGAGUUCGACCAGCUCAGCCCAGAGGAAAGCCGAGCCCGCCUGGGGCGCAUAGUGGACCGCAUGGACCGCGCAGGGGAUGGGGACGGCUGGGUGUCGCUGGCCGAGCUCCGCGCUUGGAUCGCGCACACGCAGCAGCGGCACAUACGGGACUCGGUGAGCGCGGCCUGGAACACGUACGACACGGACCGCGACGGGCGUGUGGGUUGGGAGGAGCUGCGCAACGCCACCUAUGGCCACUACGAGCCCGGUGAAGAGUUUCACGAUGUAGAGGACGCGGAAACCUACAAGAAGAUGCUGGCUCGAGACGAGCGGCGUUUCCGGGUGGCGGACCAGGACGGGGACUCCAUGGCCACUCGGGAGGAGCUGACUGCCUUCUUGCACCCCGAGGAAUUCCCUCACAUGCGGGACAUCGUGAUUGCUGAAACCCUGGAGGAUCUGGACAAGAACAAAGACGGCUACGUCCAAGUGGAGGAGUACAUUGCGGAUCUGUACUCGGCUGAGCCGGGGGAGGAGGAGCCGGCCUGGGUGCAGACAGAGCGGGAGCAGUUCCGGGACUUCCGCGACCUGAACAAGGACGGGCGGCUGGACGGCAGCGAGGUCGGCCACUGGGUGCUGCCCCCGGCCCAGGACCAGCCACUGGUGGAGGCCAAUCACUUGCUGCACGAGAGCGACACCGACAAGGUGCGCGGAGGGGGCCGCUCUGCAGAAGUGGCCAGGCCCCCCCUCCCCAUCUGGACCUGCGGGAUAUGA